UAGAUUGUAGGUUACGUUACAUCUGACCACAUCUGACUGUCAUUACAGUUUUCGGGAAUUAUCAUUUACUAUUUUUUCUUGAAAAUUCAACAGCCAUGUGGUAUGAAAUAAUUCCACCGAUGGUGAUAAUAGGUUUGAUACCUAUAUUACCUCAAUGGGGAGCUUAUUAUCUUAAUCAGUUCUUCCUGGGAAACCCAAUGCGUAGAGAUAUGAGAGAAGUGUGGGAUCGUAAUAUGUACACAAGAGAUGUUCGUGUAGAUGGAGCCCCAUGGAAAAACAGGGGACUAGAGAAUGUUCCUGAUGAUUAAAAGUACAAGUAUAUAAUAGAUGGAUGACUGUAGUAAUAUGGUACAUCACAGAUGAAAUAGACAAGUUUUAUCAUUCAAUUGUAAUUUACUUACAUAUAAUAGUUAAUAU